AUGCGGCGCAUCACAGUCAAUCUGGCGCCCGCCGACAUGAAAAAGGAGGGUCCGGCCUACGACCUGCCCAUUGCCAUUGGAAUACUGCUGAGUUCCGGACAGCUGGAGUCCGUUCCUGGCGACGCGGUCUUCCUGGGCGAAUUGUCCUUGGACGGCAGCCUGCGCCACACGAACGGCAUCCUCACAAUGGCGUCGGUGGCUCGCGACCAGGGGUUUGAAUCGGUGUUUGUGCCGGCAGAGGACGCCGAGGAGGCCUCGCUGGUGGAGGACAUCACAGUCUAUCCCGUGCCCACACUCGAUUCAGUGUGCUCCACGCAGACCUGCGCCCAGGUCCAGAUGGAUCUGGUGCACAUCAAGGGGCAGGAACACGCAAAGCGGGCACUGGAGGUGGCAGCAGCGGGAUUCCACAACCUGUUGUUCAGCGGACCUCCGGGAAGCGGCAAGACACUUCUGGCCCGCUGCCUGCCUUCAAUUCUGCCCCGAAUGGCCCCGCAGGAAGCCCUAGAGGUUACCAAGAUUUACAGCGUGACCGGGUCGCUGCAUAGCGAAAACCCAUUGAUGUUGCAGCGACCGUUCCGAUCCCCUCACUACACCAUCUCGAAUGCCGGCCUGGUGGGCGGCGGCCGCUCGCUGCGCCCUGGGGAGAUCACGCUCAGCCAUCGCGGCGUGCUGUUCCUUGACGAGCUGCCGGAGUUCAACCACUCUGCGCUUGAGUCGCUGCGGCAGCCAUUGGAGGACAAGGUCGUCACAAUCAGCCGCGUUUCGGGCUCGGUUACUUACCCCGCUAGUUUCAUGAUGGUCGCCGCAAUGAAUCCCUGUCCAUGCGGAUUUCACAAUCACCCAGUGAAGGAGUGCACCUGCAGUGCGUCCACAGUGGCCCGCUACCAGAAGAAGAUCAGCGGUCCGCUCAUGGAUCGGGUGGACGUGUUUGUCGAAGUGCCUCCCGUCGAAUAUGACAAGCUGGUGGAAAGCGCCGCAGGCGAGGACUCCAGCGGGCCGCGCCAAAGAGUUGAGAAGGCCCGGGACUUACAGCGGGAACGGUUCAGGGACAACGGGUUCCUCUGCAACGCGGAGAUGGGCCCGGCGGAGGUCUGGGAGCACUGCCAGAUGGAAGACGGAGCACGCAGCCUCCUACAGACGGCCGCCCAGCGUCUUAGCUUGUCAGCACGCGCUUUUCACCGGGUGCUCAAGGUGUCUCGCACCAUUGCCGACCUGGACGAUGCGGAGGUCAUCGGAGUGUCGCAUCUGGGGGAGGCCCUGCAAUACCGGGCGCGGGCAGCCACCGGAUGA